GACACGAGGCGGAUUGGUUGUGUCACGGACGAGUAUCCGAACGCUAUGUUUACGCGGGAAAAAGUUUUGACAUAUUGAAAUAGAAAAAAAACGCAAUUGUUUUUCGGAUUUUAAACAAAUAUUGUUGUUUUGAUGGAGAUUGUGUAAAAAUGUAAAUAGUUAAUUGUGUAAGGUGUUAUUUGGUGGCAGUAUGGUGGAUUUCGGUGGGAAUGAUUGUGAUAACGUCAUAAAUGGAAAGAGUCAAUUUGUCUAUCUGGUGUUUGUGCAUUUAUUACUCAUCGGUUUAAAUGGAACUAAUGCACAAAAUCGAGCGCCGCGUAUUAAAGAGCACCCAUCGAACACGGUAUCAGGUCGAAGUGAGCCAGCGACUUUAAGAUGUGUGGUGGAGGGCCGGCCCAAGCCGACCGUGCAGUGGUACAAGGAUGGAUCACCCUUACCCAGGGUUGAAGACGGACACAGGGUACUUUUAGAGGAUGGCUUGUUGUUUCUUAGGGUAAAUCGUGGAAAGAAAGAGAGUGACGAAGGGGUUUAUUGGUGUGUAGCACGAAAUAUUGCAGGGGAAGCUGUUAGUCAAAAUGCAACUUUAAAUGUAGCCGUUUUACGCGAUGAAUUCAGAGCUGAACCUAGAGACGUUCAGGUGGCAGCUGGAGAUCCCGCGUUGUUAGAAUGUAUACCUCCUAAGGGGGUUCCAGAUGCUUCUGUACAUUGGUUGAAAGAUGGUCAGCCGUAUGACGUAGAAGUUAAUGGCAGGGUGACAAUCACAGAAACCGGAAGUUUAAAAAUAUUGGAAACGCUACCAAAUGACAGUGGUCUUUUCCGAUGUGUCGCAUCCAACAUAGCUGGGGAAAGGCAAAGCCGAGCGGCUGCGCUUAUUGUACUAAGGCGACCGCAUUUUGUCACUAAACCCACUAAUAUCACAGCACUGGUCGGCCAAAACGUCGAAUUUAACUGCCAGAGUUACGACGCGAGCGUAAAAAUAACAUGGUACAAGGAAGACGGUGUUCUCCCGUCUCACGCGUCCAUAAUCCGCGGACUGUUACGGCUGGAACAGGUGUCCGCGUCCGACGCGGGUGUCUAUUCCUGUCGGGCCGAUAGCCAUACGGGCACUAGUGUCGCGAGUGCUACUUUGACUGUUUAUUCGUUACCCCACUUCACGCAGAUACCGUCCAACUUGACCGCUUGGGAAGGGGACGUGGUAUCGAUACCCUGUGAAGCAAAAGGCUUACCUACACCUACUACUUUCUGGAUAUUAGAAGGUGUUCAGGAUAGCCUGCUAUUUCCAGAAUGUACAAAGAGCAAUUCCAGCUUAUUGUAUCUCGACGGGGUAAAAGUAGAACACGGCGGAAGAGUAAUAUGUGUUGCCGUUAAUGCGGCUGGAAGCGUGAUGCAAGAAGCUUAUCUUAAUGUUCUAAGAAAGGGCGAUGUAUUAGAGCAUUCCUCAGAUGACUUCGACGUAAAUUACGAACACCAGAUCCGUAUGACGGAGUACGAGUUCGUUCAAGCGAGGAAAUAUUUGCAACAGAACGUUUUAGUAUUAAAGAGGGUGGAAACUUUGUCGUCGACUUCGCUCAAAGUUGUUUGGGAUGUUCUAACUGAUUACAACGAGUAUUUGGAAGGAGUGAAGAUCUGGUACAACGGUACUUCGUUGAAUUGGCGUAAUAGUACCGAAGAUGGAUCCAUUUUAAAUGUGUCUCAAGUGGACACAUGUUCUAAUGGAUCUCUUGUGCAUGUUGAUAACAGCGGCUCGUCUAGUUACGUACUGUCUGGGUUGCGAGCGUAUGUGCAAUAUGACGUUUUUCUAAUGCCCUUCUAUAAGAUGCUAUUGGGUAAACCUUCGAACUCGAUGGUUGGUUCAACAGAUGACGACGUGCCCUCACACCCUCCGCAAAGCGUGACGGGCGGAGUGAUAAACGCGAGCUCGGCGUGGAUCCGCUGGGAGCCGCCGCCGGCUGACACGUGGAAUGGGGAGCUUACUGGAUACUUGAUCGAAAUCCGCGUGGGCAGCGGCACGUCGGGGCGCGUGGUGGGGCAGAUGUCGCUGGGCGCGCGCACCCGCGCCGCGGCCGCGAGCUCGCUGCGCGCGGGCGGCCGCUACAGCGCGCGCGCGGCCGCCGCCACGCGCCGCGGCCGCGGGCCCUUCAGCGCGCCCGCGCUCAUACACAUGCUACCCAUGCAGUCGCAGCGACAUUAUGUGCAGACGGAACCACCUCACGAUUCCACGAUCCCGCACAUUUUACAAGAGACCUGGUUAUUGGCGCUUGGCCUGACAUUAUUCUCGGUGAUCGUUAUCGGUGUUGUCAGCAUCUAUUAUAUCAGGCGACGGAAUGGCAUUCAGAGGAAGAAGGCCACUGGUCAAGCGAUAGUCCCAGCGCAGUGCUUACUGAACAAGGACACGAUCUGGUUGCGAGACCGGCCCGUGUUCGCCGCUCCCGAUACGCACAUGGACACCUGCCAGACCCUGCUCACUUCGGGCCAAUCAGCGAUCAACAUAGAGCCCGAGUACUGUCUGCCGCAGAACUCCAUACAGGGUGUGGAGGGGAGCGCGGAGAGGAUCAAGCGCCCGGAGCCCUACGCCUCUAGUGCUAUUUACACUGAACUUAAUUUCAAGGACAGCAACGAAACCAGCGACGCGCAUUACCCCGAACGCCGCUCCAACAGCAUAGUCCGCUCUUGCAACGGCAGCGUCCAAUACUCGCACGAGUGCUCCACGUGCCACAGCUCGUCCAGUCGAUCGACUAACCGCGACUACAAGGAACUGAGGCACGAGGACGACGACUCGACCCGCUCGCGCAGUCGACAGAACGAUCUAGAAUACGACUACCCGCAGUGGCACUGGCUCGGCCGCGAGAAUAGCUUCAAAAUCCCGAUACAGCGCGCGAAUCGGACGGAACAGGGCUGUCAAAUAAAUCUGUGUGAUAUAUUGCCGCCGCCGCCGUAUGAGAGUCCUGAGAGCAAAAACCAACUAAAGUAAGUGUAUCGGAAGCUUAGAAAUUAGUCGAAAUACGAAGCAAUAAUAUAUAUAUCAUUUUGAAACUCAUGUAGAUAAUAGAGAUUUUGACAGUUUUUACCUGCGUAUAUGUGUAUUAGAAAGUGUACGGAACUGCUGUAUCCAAUUUAAUAGAAUUCUUGUAUAUUUAAUCGACUCACGUUGUUUUAGUUAUUUUCUACUUAUGUUAACCGUUUCUGAUUUUAUCUAAUAAAUAAAUGGAUCGUUUUACAAUUUCCGAAUAAAUUAAAAAUAAUAUUUUUUAUUAAUAACAAUAUUAACAUAACGCAUAUUGUUUUGGGGUGAUUACAAUUUAUAUGA